AGGGCUCUGGUAAGUUCAGGAGAAGCCGGUAGAAUUUUCUUUAUCAACAUAAUAUUUUUGCAAAACUAUUUUAAAAUACAUUAAAUAAUAUAGUUCAAAAUUUUUAAUAUACCAUUACGAUUUAUUGAACAACAAAUAGUUGACGCAAAAGCUUAAUUGAUAUUUGUUUGACAAUGCGUUUGGCAAUAUUUUUAUUAAUAUUUUGCAUAUUUCAUUAUGGUUUUGGAGUAGAUCCAACAAAUUUCAAAACAUGUGAACAAAGCAGUUUCUGCAGACGUUGCCGCAAAGUACAACCGGGAAAUUCGAAAUUUGCUUUGGUGCCGGGCUCUAUGAACACCUAUUCAAAUGCUAUAACAGCUGAUUUGAUAAAUAAAGAUACCCAACAUUUAUUUGUUUUCAAAUUGGAGGCUUUAGUGAAUAAUAGAUUCCGCAUAUUAAUCGAUGAAAAAACACCUUUGAAGCCCAGAUACAAAGUGGAACAUGUAUUGAUAGGUGAACCUCAGCCAGAUACUCUUACUGUAGAGAAGGAAGAUAAAUCCGAAAUAGUUUUAGCUUCUGGCAACAAUAAAGCUGUCAUUGCAGCCGAUCCCUUCCGUGUUGAUUUCUAUGAAAAUAGUGUUUUAGUUGUUUCCGCCAAUGCCCGUGGCCUAAUGAAUUUCGAACAUUUACGCAAUAAACCUCAAACAAAUCAAGAAGAAGGUCAAGAGGGUGAGGGUGAAAAUAAAGAAAAUCAAGUUGUAAAUACACCAGAAGACAGCGAUCCUGGCGCUUGGGAGGAAAACUUUAAAUCUCAUCAUGAUUCGAAACCCUAUGGUCCCGAAGCUGUUGCUUUAGAUUUCUCUUUCCCUGAAGCUGAGGUUCUCUUUGGUAUACCAGAACAUGCGGAUAGUUUUGUUUUGAAAUCGACUUCCGGUACAGAUCCCUAUCGUCUAUAUAAUUUGGAUGUUUUUGAAUAUCUUAUUGACAGUAAAAUGGCUUUGUAUGGUUCAGUUCCAGUAUUAUAUGGUCACGGCGCUCAACGUACCGCUGGUGUUUACUGGCAAAAUGCUGCUGAAACCUGGGUAGAUAUUUACACCGCCGAAACAAAUGUUGUCUCAUCUAUUGUCAAGUUUGUAUCGGGUUCUCGUAAAGUUGAUCCCCCAGCCGCUCAUUUCAUGUCUGAGUCUGGUAUUAUUGACGCCUUCAUUUUAAUGGGUCCCACCCCUAUCGAUACAUUCAAACAAUACACUUCCCUAACCGGUACCGCCAAUUUACCACAGCUCUAUACUUUAGCUUACCAUCAAUGUCGCUGGAAUUAUAAUGAUGCUAAAGAUGUAGAAACUGUAUCCACUAAAUUCGAUGAAUAUGAUAUUCCCAUGGAUAUAAUGUGGUUAGAUAUUGAAUAUACCGAUGGCAAGAAGUACUUUACUUGGGAUCAAUUUAAAUUUGCCGAUCCUUUAAGUAUGAUUAAGAAUCUAACCGAUGUGGGACGUCAUUUGGUGAUUAUUAUUGAUCCUCAUAUUAAGCGUGAUAGUGGUUAUUUCUUCCAUAACGAUUGUACCGAAAAGGGUUACUAUACUAAAUUGCGUGAUGGCAAGGAUUAUGAAGGUUGGUGCUGGCCUGGCUCUGUAAGUUAUCCAGAUUUCUUCCGUAAGGAUGUGCGUGAUUAUUAUGCUGAACAAUACAUGUUGUCAAACUUUAAGACUGUCACCUCCGAUGUCAUGUUUUGGAAUGAUAUGAACGAACCUUCGGUAUUCAAUGGUCCAGAGGUGACUAUGCCUAAGGAUUUGAUUCAUCACGGUGACUGGGAACAUCGUGAUGUACACAAUUUAUAUGGUCAUAUGCAUAUUAUGGGUACUUACGAAGGUUUGAUUAAACGUGAUCCCAACCAGAGACCUUUUAUUUUGACCAGAGCUCAUUUUGCUGGUUCUCAACGUUAUGCUACCGUUUGGACUGGUGAUAACAUGGCCGAUUGGGGUCAUUUGCAGCAUUCCAUCAAAAUGUGUUUGUCAGAAGCUGUUGCUGGUUUUUCAAAUUGUGGUGCCGAUGUUGGUGGUUUCUUUGGCAAUCCUGAUGCUGAAUUGUUUGAAAGAUGGUAUCAGACUGGCGCUUUCUUACCCUUCUUCCGUUCUCAUGCUCACAUUGAUACCAAGAGACGCGAACCUUGGCUAUAUCCCGAAAAGACUCGUUUGGUUAUACGUGAUGCCAUACGUAAGAGAUAUUCGUACUUACCUUUGUGGUAUACCAUGUUCUAUGAACAUGAAAUUGAUGGCAGUCCUGUUAUUAGACCUAUGUUGGCUCAUUAUCCAAAAGAUAAGGAUGCGUUUGCCAUUGAUAAUCAAUUGUUGUUGCAAGAUCGCAUAUUGGUUAGACCUGUUAUGGAACAAGGUGUUAGCAAAGUUGAAGUCUAUUUCCCAGCCAUUGAUGAUAAGAAAACUGGUGAUUUGUGGUAUGAUGUGGAUAAUUUACAAAAACAUGACAAGGUUGGCAAGGAGACUAUUCAAGUUGAUGAGUACAAGAUUCCCGUUUACCAACGUGGCGGUUCCAUUGUACCCAAAAAAGAACGUAUACGCCGUGCUGCUACUCUCAUGAAAAACGAUCCUUACACUCUUAUCGUUUGCUUAGAUCGUAAUGGUAAAGCUGAGGGUACUCUUUACUUGGAUGAUGAGAAAUCGUUUGAUUAUCGUCAAGGCAAAUACGUUUAUGUUAACUAUAAAUUCGAUGGUUCUAAAUUGACGAACCAUUUCGUGCAAGCACCCAAUUAUGAUUCAAAAUCAUGGAUUGAACGUAUUGUUAUUGCUGGUCUGGAGCGUCAACCCAAAUCGGCCACCAUCAAUGUUGAUGGUGCAACACAAGAAUUGGAAGUAUUACCUUAUGAAAAGGGUUAUGCUAUACGUAAACCAGCUGUAGCUAUACACAAAGAUUUUGAAAUUAAACUUAAUUAUUAGAUUUACUUAAACUAAUUUGUUUGUCACCCCAAAAAAAUUGGCAAACAAAAAAUUUUAGUUAUUAACUAUUUCAACAGGGUUAAAAAAACGUGUUUAUAAUUUUAUUCAAAAUUCCAUUUUGUUUUGUCUGUAUGCCAGAUACUAUUUUAUAAUUAUACUCUUCAAUUUGUAUUUUAAAUAUGUAUGUAAUGUUUUCUUUUUAAUUACCAUGAAAUAACUCCAGUAAAUCAUCUCAAUACAAGAGAAAUUUACAAUUUGUAGCUAAAUUCAAAUAAAUAAAGACACUCUAC